GCGUAGAGCGACAGCAACUCUUGAACGACAUGGGUGUUCUCACCGCUCUUCACUUACCAACCAUAGUUCAACUAUCUUUGUUACCGGUCUUCAUAUUUGCCCAAGAGUAUGUAACUGUGGAAACGCAAGAAGGCACCCUGAGGGGCCAGAUAUCUAAAACGUACAGAAAUAUUCCCAUGUAUAUGUUCCAAGGCAUUCCAUAUGCGGAGCCGCCAGUUGGAGAUCUCCGUUUUCAGCCUCCAGCAACCAAAGCAGCUUGGUCCGGUGUUAGAGACGCCCUGGCGGUCGGCUCGCAGUGUCCUCAGAUCAGCGGCAGUGGAAUGGCUGGGAAUGAGGACUGUCUCUUCCUCAAUGUUUUUGGCCCACAGACGGCCUUACAGCAGGGAGCACAGAAAGCUGUUAUGGUCUAUAUCCAUGGUGGAUGUUUCACAGCAGGCUAUGGUCAGGGCGCGACACCAAACUACUUCGUGGACGAAGAUGUCAUACUCGUCAGCAUAAACUAUCGUCUAGGACUCCUAGGUUUCCUAAGCACUGGUGAUGAAGUCGUCCCCGGAAAUAUGGGCCUCAAAGACCAAACAGAGGCUCUUCGCUGGGUGCAGAGGAACAUUGCAGCAUUUGGGGGUGAUCCACAAAAAGUGACCAUCUUUGGACAAAGUGCUGGCGGUGCAUCCAUUCAUUAUCACGUCAUAUCGCCACUGAGCACAGGUCUAUUCAAGAACGCCAUAGCAAUGAGCGGAUCGACAUUAAACCCUUGGGCAUUCUCUAGAAAUGCAACCGACAGGGCGAUAAGGUUUGCCCAACACUUGGGAUACACAGGGAAAACUUCAAACGAUCUCGUAAGUUUUCUGAAAAAUAUAGAUCCGUCUACGCUAGUGAUGGACCCGUAUGUUGCUCUAUCGGAAGAGGACAGCAUGACGUCGUUCACGUGUGUCUGGGUGCCCAGCGCUGAACCGGCGCUCGACGGAGCAUUCUUGGCAGAAGAACCGUGGACGCUUUUGUCUGAAGGCCGCUUCAAUCUGGUUCCUUUCAUGGCUGGCAAUACUGACCUCGAAUUAGUUAGCUACACACAGCCUGGCGGUGGAUUUUCAACAGAGGACAAAGUAGAGUACCUGAAUAAUUAUUUCGACGAAAUAGUAGGCUGUGACUUACGUCUACCGACGAAGGAGGAACGGCUACAAGGCGCUGAGUCUGUCAAGCAAUUCUACUACAACGGCAACGACAUCACGCUGAAGGACAACUACACCACUGCUCUGUUUGACUCGCACCUCUGCUUCGUGGAGGGAGUGGACGCCGCCAUCAGGAGCAUGUCCCGCUUUUCCUCGCAGCCUGUCUACUACUACCAGUUUUCGUUCGUCGGUCCUCUCAGCGCGUAUCCUGGUGGCCCAGGGGCGGCACACGCCGACGAUGUAAAUUACAUGUUCACGUCGCCCACUAAUCUCGAUCCUAAUUCGGAUGGAGGCAUUAUCAGAGCACAGAUGAUAGAAAUGUGGGCCAAUUUCGCCAAAUAUGAUAACCCCACGCCAGAACAGACUUCCCUGCUGACGGAAACGUGGAAGGAGUACGACGAAUCGUCCCCAUAUUAUUUGGAGAUAACGGGACCUCUACGACUGGCAACUAACUUGUUUGAGCCAGAUAUGACCUUCUGGCAGAACCUGCUGCCAUCAUAAAUACAGUUCAUUAGCAUGAGAGCAUGGUGAUUGGACGUGUGUUGAUGGUAUUUUUUAUAUCCCACUCUACCAUGUUCAGUUAUCAAACUUGCCACAAAUGUAGUACAGCAAACUAUGUGUAUUCUAAAGGUAUACUUUUGAUUAUGAAAAACAUAUAUCCUGCUUCUCCAUUAUCAGGUUUGUAGUGUAUAGAAAAUAAUGUUUCUCUCUUCUUACAUCUUUCCACUAUUGGUACAUGUAGAUGAUACAACAGACAGCAGAAAUGCUUGUUGCUAAUUCUUGUAAAGAGCAUUUGUUACUGUUCGUAAUAUCUGCCACACUUUGAGAAUAUACUCUGGACAUGGCGAGUACUAGGAAGCUACAUGUGACGACAUACACAACUUUACAGUGUGAUGUAUGUCAUGUAUUUUUAUGUUUUCUUAUUUUUCUGUAAUGUAUAUAAUAACAUGUCUAAUCGUAUUCCAUGUAACAAUCUACAUGCAUUUUUAAU